AUGGAGAUACUCCCCCGCCGUCUCCUCUUCAUAGCCUCAAUAGGGAAUCCAGCCCCCUACCAAAACACCCGACACAGCGCCGGCCACCUCCUCCUCGACGCCUUAAAACCCCUCCUCGAAACCGCCCUCCCAAACACAGGCCUCUACCACGAGACAUGGAAAAGUCCAUCCUACAUGAACGUAACAGGCCCGAACCUCGUGCGCCGACUAGAACAAUGGGCAACAGAGCGAGCCAACCGUCUUGAAAGAAUCGCGAACGUCGCCGCAACUCGCUCGUCUUCAUCAACUCCAAACCUCCCCGCACAAACCACAUACCCAACAACCCUCGUUAUCCUCCAUGAUGAACUCUCCAUCGCCUUAGGAAAGGUGCGCGUCGUACGCGGCGGUCCUGAGGCAUUUAGUUUGCGAGGCCAUCGCGGUCUUAUCAGUAUCUGUGAGACACUGCGCAAGAAAGGGUUGUAUCCACGCUCUGCGGCGAGUAAGAGUGCUUCCGGGCCGUUGGCGGAUCUGUCGAUAUUGCGCGUGGGUCUCGGUAUCGGCCGUCCGACGUCACAUGAGACGGGUGCUGUUUCGGAUUAUGUGCUGAAGGCUGUUACUGAUAAGGAGCUAAAGGCUUAUCAUGCCGCGGCGAUGCCUGUGGUGGAUACUAUUCGGGAGGAGCUUUACAGACCUGCGGGGAAGGUCUGA